AUCACGCCCCUCCAGGUCUCGCUGUCGUUACCCACGUGAGCAGUCAAUGCAGAUUGAAACAUGUGCAUUUUAAAGUUAUUAAAGAUCUAUGCUGGACAAUCAUUCCAUCCUGGAAAAAGAACAGUGAGGACCAUGAUAUUCAUCCACAUGAUGAGUGUUACAGACAAGAUGGGACCAAUUACUGUAAACAAAGUGGAGCGUCAUAUAUCUCCAUUAGUGUAAUAUGUGUCAAGGCAAAGAUAAGAGUUGCUAGGAUUCAGUUUCGGUUACAGUCAAACUGAAUCCAGUGGUGCAGUAAAAAGUAAAAAUCCCAUUUUUUUUACUGUUUGAAGAAUCUUUAUGUUUUAUGAUUUAGCUCACACAACUGAAGUUUAUAAAGCACAGAUACUGUAAAUGACUCUUAACACUCCUAUUGUAUAUACAGUUUACCAACAGCCACACAGAGUAUCUGUCUCCCUCCCGGUCAUAACCGGAAAUUUACUGCAGUCAUAAAAAGAAAAAAUCACGCCAUUAUACCCUCACAGCGCCCUCGGUUAUGGAGCUGCCAGGAAACUGACAAGGUUUCGUGUCAGGGGAUUCUGCAAGCAGAUUUCCUUGUCAUAAAGUCCAAAGCUCAAACCGAGGGAGACACAAAAGGAUUAGUCCAACAGCAGUGACUGUCCAGUCUUCGCCACCAGCAGAGCUGCACCACCGACAGUGAGGAAGCCAUGAUGGAAAUGAAAAGUAUCCUAAAACCCAAAAAAAAGGUGAGCAUGCUGCUCUCUGGGGAGGACGGCAGCGCCACCCAGAGCAGUUCCAUCGGGGCCGUACGCUGGAACCUGCCCACCCAUGAUGAAAGCAGCCAGCCUCACAGCUCGGUCCCCAGCAGGCCCACCAACAGCCUCAAUAAACAGUCACAGCAACAAACUCGCCAAAACGGCCUGAAAGAUCUCCGCAGCCUGCAGGAGUGCGUGCAGUUUAUCCAGCAGUGGAAGGAACAGGUGGAUCAAGUGUGCAAGGAACCUCUGGAUCCAGGAGAAGGCACCACGAAGGAAGCCCAGAGUUCACACGGGCGCAGCGAGCGCAGCCUCGAGGAGAGCAGGAAGCUGAUCCUGCAGUGGGCAGAUGAGCUCCACGAUGUCGACAGGCUCCUGAAGGAGACUCCCUGGGUAUCUGACAGUCAAGAACACGAAACUAAAGACAAGGAUGCCAAAGAGGUGGCACACAUGAGGAUCAUGGAGUGGGCAAAGGAGCUGCAGGAGGCGAGCGAGCGUUGUGGCGUUCAGAGCGAUGAGCUGGGUAAAGUGCUGCGCGCGCUGACUCUGAAGAAGAACCGGCUGGCCAGACUGAUGCCUCUGCUGGAGUUCAUCACCUGGUCCCUGCUCAAGGAAGGAAGCACGAAAAUCGUCCCACAGUUGUGGCUGCUGGCAAAGCAAAAGUCCUGGGAAGCAGGAGUUCCUCGAUACAUCCCCAACUCAGUUUGGGGCUGGAUCUGCAGCGCAGCAGCUGAUGUGAUUCUUGACCCCAUGACCAACCACCCAUGGCUGCUGCUUUCAGAUGACAAGCGUAAAGUCCAGGAGUCCCACGUAGCGUUAGAGCAGCUUCAAAGCUCCCAGCGCUUCGACGACUGGCCCUGCGUGCUUGGCAGCGAUGGCUUCAGCAGCGGCCGCCACUACUGGGAGGUGGACAUAGCCAACAACGGCUACUGGCGCGUGGGCGUGACCACCGCUGACUCCGAGCGGCACGGGAAGUUCACCAUGAUGCCAAAGAAGGGCUACUGGGUGCUGUGGCGCAGCACGCACAAAUUCUACGCCUGCAGCAAGCCAGAAAAGGAGCUCCCCCUCAGCCUCGUGCCCAGGCGCAUGGGGGUCUACUUGGACUACGAAGAAGGGCAGAUCUCCUUCUACAACGCUGAAACCAAGUUCCACAUCUACACCUUCACUGGAACCUUCAGAGAGAAAAUGUACCCUCUGUUCGCCCCAUUGGAUGGACGCACACUUAUGACAAUCAUCCCGCCAAACAACAUCUCAGGGAAAUGAGAGAUGGAAAAUCUCACUGGACUUUAAUUUGACUCAACCCUGUGAGGUCUAAGUCCCUAAUUAGUGAUAAUUAGGGAUUUUUUUUUGGCUUUAAAAAAGUGUCUUUUCUUGGCAACCAGGCAACUGAGAUCUGUCAAGAAGCUAUUGCUUCUUGUAUUUUUCCGAAGCAUACAUAGGGUUAGGGUUGACUGUUGUCAUAGCUGCUCAGACCUCACAGGGUUGAAAAGAAAAGAAAAACCCAGAAUAUGCAUUAAAAGUAUAAAAGUAGGUCAUUAUAGAAAUUAAAAGUGUGUGUUCUCACUUUCAAAACAAAAUAUUUAAAAGGUAAUUUUGCGAAGUUUGUCUUAAAUAUUCAUCUAAAAAAAAAGAAAGAAAAAAACCAUUUAAAAUAUUUAAAACUCAAAAAACUGAGCUUUAAAAAAAGCUAUAAGCUACAACGCUAAUGAUGUUUAUAGCAGGAAGACUUUAUUGAUAUUUUCAGUCAUAGCAAAUAUUUCAGGACAAUUCAGGUUUUGCAGUUACAAGCAGAAACUGCAGAACUGGGUAAAUAGAAAUAGAAAGAUUUAUUUUAAAAGACUGCAAUUUAAAGAAUAAGCUAACUCUGUCCAAAACUGAAGGCAACGGCUGACACAUGUUGCUUGUUUUUUUCGAUAUUUUGCCUCUUCAUACAUGAAUGCACUUUAUAAUGCACUUUCAGAUGGCAAUAAAUGUUUCAUAUGGCUAACUUAAAAUCUUUUAUUCCUGUCCCUUUCGGCUUCCUUUCCUAAGAUUGGUAGAUUUCAGAGUUGUAAACAGCAUUUUGUUUACCUUUUGUGUCAUGCCAAACUGACAUUGUAAGUAAACUGUGUGUAAAAUAAAUUUUAAUUGUG